AGCCACGCCCCUUCACUUGCAAUCGUAGGGUACUGGGUGUGUCCGCUGUGCUUGCGCUUAGAGCUAGAGAGCUAGCCAUAAUAUCGUGUAUCAAGUCCAGGAGAAGCACCAGCAAGCAGCUGCAAUUGCAAAGAAAAUAGAAGAAUGGACGACACUGAUCACAAAUAUGAGACUAAGUCACUGCUACAAGAUGAUAAAAUCAGUUUAAUCAACUAUGAAAAUGGUGCUGCUAAAAAUGGACACAAUCGAUUUUUGAACAGUCCAGAACGAAAACUAACAGCUGAUGACCUACUGAACUUUGCCGGCUUCGGGUGGUUUCAGGUUCUAGCAUUUAUUUUGUCUGGAUUUACAUACUUUGCGUAUGGAAUGGACGCUUCAGUUUUCACGCUAGCAGGAGCACCCAUAAGAGCAGAGUUCAACCUCACUGAAACACAAUACACCGUGUUGCCAGCAGUUACCAGUAUCCCAAAUGUAUUUGGAGCUCUGUUUUUCAGUUUCUUGACUGACCGAUACGGAAGAGUGUGGCCGUAUGCACUGUGUCUAGCGUGGAUUGGAGUAGUCAGUAUUGCCUCUGCUUUUGCCAACAGUUUCCCACUUCUAAUCGUACUUCGUUGCCUAGCAAGUGUUGCUAUUGGAGGUAUAUCUGGGCUGACAUUUCCAACACUAGUCGAGUUUUUGCCUGUGAAAAAUCGAGGGAAGGUAACUGUUCUUGUUUCUGUUCUAAUGUUGCUUGGCCUAUGUGGUUCGUACGGUAUGGGGUGGUGGCUCAUCGGCAGUCAACAAUAUCCGGACGGGUGGAGGUAUUACAUCGCUGUCGUGAGCACUCCCACGCUGUUUGUUGCACUGUAUCGAAUUGUAUUCCAUUUCGAAUCGCCACGUUAUCUCAUUUCAAGACGGAAGAAGGAGCGUGCUUGGAAGAUAUUUGCAAGUAUUGCUAGACUAAACUCGAAGAAUUUAACGGACCUUGUUUCUAAAGAAGAAUUUGUUAAUCAGUUGGAAGAAACUCACACCUCAGAAACUAAAACGGAUCAACCUCGAAAAUCGUUCUUUUUCCAAUUCCUUAUAAUAUUCACCCCCAAAUAUCUCCGGCGGACAAUUCCAUUAUCUGUACUCAUCAUCACUGAAAGCAUCGGGUACAUGUGCUCAAAGGUGUUCCUGCCAGACUACCUCACUAACCUCGGCCUGAGUGUGUAUAUGACUCUUCUUACGACAUCAUUUGCUGAGAUUUUCGGAAUCCUCCUGAUGUCUAUUAUUGUGGAAUGGAGGGGGGUGGGCAGAUUGAACUCACUACGUUUCUUUUCGGCCCUCACAUCUAUUUGGUUUGUUCUACUGACUGUACUAUUAGUUGUGGAGGAGCAUCAAUCCGUUUACAUGCCUGUCAUGUUGAUCCUUAUCUACUUUUGCGCUUUCCCUGUGCUUGGUCUAAUCUAUACCUAUGUCUCCGAGUCUUACCCAACAAGUAUCCGAUCUGUUACCACGGCAUAUUUUUACGUUUUGCAAGCACUUGCUUUUCUUGGAGGCUCAUUUCUAACGAGUAGCCUAGCAACGGAAAGUGUACAUUGGUUGUACCCGUUGGUUUUGGCCGCUAUAUUUUUGAUACAGCUUGUUGCUGGUCUGAUACUGAACUAUGAACCUUACGGCAAGAAUCUUAUGGACGUUGUAGACAGCUAACUUUGUAGAUAAAUCGGUAUACCGAUUAAUCUGUUAUCAAUACCGCUGUUUAGAUUUUUUUCACUGAUACUGCUGUUUUUGUACUGUGAUGCCUUAUGAAUUCAAUUAUCUGUUUAAAAUAACAAUGACAUGUUAACAGUUUUUAAAACAA